AGUGUAACGCCACCAAUGUCUGCUUUACAGGUUGAUGACCAAAUGAAGUUGCUUCAGAACUGCUGGAGUGAACUCUUAAUUCUAGAUCACAUUUACCGGCAAGUGGUACACGGGAAAGAAGGCUCCAUCCUUCUGGUUACCGGGCAACAAGUAGAUUAUUCCGUAAUAGCGUCACAAGCUGGAGCCACCCUCAACAACCUUAUGAGCCAUGCACAAGAACUAGUAGCAAAGCUUCGUUCCCUGCAGUUUGAUCUACGAGAAUUUGUAUGUCUCAAAUUCCUGGUGCUGUUUAGUUUAGAUGUCAAAAAUCUAGAGAACUUCCAGCUUGUGGAGGGUGUUCAAGAACAAGUGAAUGCUGCUCUGCUGGACUACACAAUGUGUAAUUACCCACAGCAAACAGACAAAUUUGGGCAGCUUCUCCUGCGACUACCAGAAAUCCGGGCCAUCAGUAUGCAGGCAGAAGAAUACCUCUACUACAAACACCUGAACGGAGAUGUUCCAUGUAAUAACCUUCUCAUUGAGAUGCUGCAUGCAAAGAGAGCAUAAAUUAUAUCCGUUAGAGCUUCUGCUUUCAAGGAAAAAAUAUACUCUGAACUGCUCCAAGCAACACUAAUUAAAAUGUGGUUUUAAGACUUUGCAAAAUGGUAUAAUAAUCAAAUACUAAUAGUAAAUAAGUGAUGUAUCAGGGUAUUUGUAUUGCAAACUGUGAAUCAUAUGCUACACAUCCCCAAAGGAAUCUCUAUAGGACUUUAUAAACUGGAGUGAAGUAAACUUAAAAAGUGGAUACUAUCACCAAUGUCAACAUGAAUAAGGACAGAAUGAUUCUUGUAUAUUUAACUUCUGAUUGCCAAUACGAAGAAAUUUAGGGGAAAACUGAUCUGUAUUGUUGAGCUAAGAGAGUGGGGAAUUUGAGUGCACUAAAUUCCUUCAUAGUACAGCAGGACUUCUAGAACAGUUAUAACAGAUGCAAAGCUGCAUCUAUACCAUCUUCUAUCAUUCUUUCAAGGACCCAGCACUUCUUCUGUGAUAAACGAUGUGGCAUCCAUUUAACAGUCUGUAAGAGAGAGUUGGCCUAGACCACGUUCUAGGUAGUAUGGCCACCACUUCCCUAGAGGCUGGUUUUGACAGUCUCUCAGGACUGCAAACAGCUAAUAUGAAGAGUCUGUUUUCAAGUUAGCUUGGCAUUCUUACUAUGUUCUAACGUCUGUUUUAUUACGUGUUCAUGUUGUUAAAUCAGGCAGUAUCCUCCUUCUACUACUGUCACUGGCUGUCAUUAAAAAUCUAAGAUAAAUAUGCAACAACAAAAAAAAUUCAACUCAAAUAUAUACUUCACUAGUGCAGUGGCUAAAAUAUAGCUCUGCUAUGUACUCAUGGCCUUUUCCAAAAAAAAAAAAAAAAAAAGGAAAAAAACAAAAAAAAAGAAAAAACAAAAAAAAAAGGAAGUUACCUAAGCCACUAAAAGUGACAACUUCUUCGACAAAUACUGUUAUUAAACAAAAAUAAAAUAAAAAAGAACAGAAAUGCAUUAAGCAAUGCAAGAAUAGGCAAACUGUAUGAGAUGAUGUUCAAUAUCUAAUCAAAUUUUUUUUUAAGGUUCAGUAAUACCCAUUUUUUUUUAAUGCGAAAAAAAGAAGAGUGAUACUGCUAUGUCUAUGUGGGCCAAAGUCUGCUGCAGAACAAAUAUUGGAGAAGAACAAACAAAUCUCUCUCUGUCCAAAUGAAGGUAUCAGUAUUAAAAUGUAGUGCCACGGUUCUAAGUCUUGCCUUAUUUCACUAUCCUUAAAGGUAACUGCAGAUGUGGAUCAACAUAUAUUUAAAAUAAAGUAUUAGCCUCUAACAUUAACAAAAACAUAGUGUUUACAUUCUUUAGGUCCUGUGGGAAAAAAGAAAAAAAAAAAAAACAACUGUGAUAAAAUUGCAAAGCAGUGAUUUCCUUAAUGUUGCUUUCAAAUUGGUAAUUAUUUUACCAGUACUUAAUUACUGUAUGUCGUGAGACACUAAAAUCAGUGGGGGGAGGGGACUUUAGUUUGACUUUAAUUUUGAGAUUAUCAGCUGUACAAUCACUUGUAGAAACUGUAUAAAAUCCUAAUUCUUUGAUUUUUUUUCAUAAAGAUUGCUGGCUUUUGAAUAGUUUAUUUAUACUGUAUAUGAUAGUUUCCACUGUAGACAAUUAUGAUGCUAAUUUAUUGUUUGUUGGUUUCAUCUUUAUCUAAGAUAUAGCCAGAAUGAAGAAGCCAAAUAUAUGUGUUUACUGUAGCAUGUCUUCAAGCUAGUGGAACAUAGUUCAGGGACACACAAACGUCUUCAUAAAUUUAAAUCAUUCACUUGAUUAAUUGUCUGUAAAUCUUCAUAAUCUUAAAUGUAGUUUAUUUAAAUCUAUUGUAAAUUAUGUGAGUUGUAGCUUUUUCUGUUUCAUGUGAACUUGAAAAGGUGCAUUCUCUCAUUUUUUUCCAACUAUCCACACACUGUAUACCAAAGACAUUAAUUAUUACAUCUGCAUUAGUUAACAUGUUAUUUUAAUCACCUGUAUUAAUCAGCUGUAUUCUGUCCAUGCAUAGGGUACAAACACAGCAAAGCCCGAUGUCUGCACCUCCUAGAUGCCUGCCUUGAAUCACAGAAUGCACACAGUGACAUACUGGCCAAAAGCAAACCAUAUACACCCCCAUGGUCAUCCCACAUAGCAAGCAUGGCAACAUUAUUUACCUAAGAGCAUUCUCCCUCAAACAAACUAAAUUAACAGACAGUAAGAUGCAGGUGGCAAUUGACUGUGGCUGUGAUAUCUACGUAUCAUGAGUAUAGUUCAAAGUUUGGUCAUUCAUUUCCUUUUUAAAAGAAAAACAAAGCAUAUUUCAAGUGUUUGCAUGUUCUUUUCUCUAUUUUUUUUUUCUUUUUUGCUAUUGAAAUGCUACAGUGAAUAUCACUGAAUAUUUAAGUAAAAAGCUUUAAAAAUGUUACUAGCUGUAUUCACAGCAUGAUAAUCUACAUACAGGACAAAAGAAUUAAAAUAAGGAUGUAAGAGGGAAGAUUUUUUCAUACAAUUUAAUGAAAACAAUUUCAGAUAAACUAACAUAUUUGCCCAUAUCUGUCAUUCCAAGAAUCCCACUUGAUUGCCCAAAGUUUGCAAACAA